UUGGGUUAAAAUUUCAAGAAAUUAAACUGAAAAGCAACAAAUAUAUAAUAGAAAAAUAGACUUUAAUGCUUCCCAGAAAUGGUUAGGAACAGAAAAUCGACCGCACAGCCUAAACAUGGGAACAGUAACGAAUCUAGCAGCAGUUCCGCAGCCAGUGAAGCUUCUUUUGUCAUUCGAACUUUUCACUUCUUAUCUAUUUGGAAAACUUUGGUUGGGGCGGUGUGUUUUAUGAUAGCUGUGUACAUAAGUACAUUAGGGUACCUGGAGACGCGGGUGAAUACUCCGCUCGGCGAGAAAAAGGCAGUCCUAGAGUCAGGUGUGAAAGUUUCCGACAGAUACUGGGGCAGCUAUAGGCCAGGUGUGUACUUUGGGAUGAAGAGUCGGGAGCCCAGGUCGCCUGUGUUCGGAUUGAUGUGGUAUGAGCUUGCUGCAUCAGCACAUAAAGGAAUCAGACACCUGUGUGAACAAAAUGACAACCUGCCUUCCUACGGCUGGAUCCGGCAUGACGGAGUUAAUUUUGGAGAACAGCUGAUAUCUGAUCCCCCUCACAAUAUACAGACCUCCUUCUUGAAGGUACCAGGAGGGCAGCAUGGCGGUCAUUGGACUGCGCGCAUCAAUGUUACUUCAACGGGAAAAGUGAACUCCCCCUUUGUGAUGGUAUGGUACUCUGCGUUGGACGAGUCGCUGGGCGCGGGCAUCCACUCGCGACUGUGGUACGAGAGUGGGGAUAACCUGGGGAACGUGUUGGGCCACACCCUAGCGUUGGGCAACUUCAGAGUGCAGCUGGUGCCAUAUUCCGGAAAAAUAAUACACGUUUCGCAUUCGCAAGCGCACGCGUCCGGGAUACAUUUGCUGAAGGAGAAAUUUUACUCCCUCUUCAAGGUUGAGAAGCAUCCACAUUUCGGCCGCCUAGCUGUGAUGGGGCCAGAUGCAGAACUCGACGAUAAUUUGGACAACGAAGUAAACUUCAUUCCCGUACAGAUAAUAGUAGAGACGCCAUUUGUUUUAGACGUCAUAUACACUACACAAGGGUUUCCCGCGCCUCCUCUAAAGGGCGAUGAGUAUACAAACACUCUGGAAAACCUGACAAGGCGUUUCGAUGAGAAGUUUGAAAAGGAGUUUAGAUUGAAAGAAAAGGGCUACUCCGACGAGGAUGUGUAUAUAGCGAAAGCAGCCAUGUCUAACAUGAUAGGAGGUAUCGGAUACUUCUACGGGGCCAGCCGUGUGCGGUCCCAGUACACCAAGGAGGCUGUGCCAUAUUGGAAGGCACCUUUAUACACUGGUGUGCCGAGCAGAUCGUUCUUCCCGCGUGGUUUCCUAUGGGACGAAGGGUUUCACGGUCUACUCAUUGGACGGUGGUCACCGGAAAUACAACUGGACAUCGCAAGCCACUGGCUCGACCUUAUAAACGUUGAAGGAUGGAUACCUCGCGAACAGAUUCUGGGAGUGGAGGCGUUAGCAAGAGUUCCCAAAGAGUUCGUAGUGCAGAGCAACGCCGCCGCAAACCCUCCUAUGCUAUUACUCAACAUAGCUCGCCUGGUCAAAGACCAACCGGAUCUGUUUAAGGCGGAGAUGCCACAUAGACAAACUUUGAACAGGAUGUUCCCUAGAUUACAGGCCUGGUACCAGUGGUUCCAGACAACGCAAAAGGGUGAAGAACACACGUCAUACAGGUGGCGGGGAAGGGAGAAUGAUGGGGUCCAGCUGAACCCUAAAACCUUAACUUCUGGCCUUGAUGAUUAUCCUAGAGCCUCGCACCCGACGUACAUAGAGCGGCACGUGGACCUUCGAUGCUGGAUGUACGCAGCCACAGAUGCAAUGGCAACCAUAGCACAAGCUCUCGAGCGGGAUACAGAGAAGUUCGAAUCCAUGAGAGAUCAGUUAGGAGACGAAGAUCUUCUUAACGAACUGCACUGGUCACCGCACACGCAAACCUAUGCUGAUUUUGGUUUGCAUACAGACGGAGUACGGUUCAUUCGUCAGCAGAGCAAAAACCCAAAAGAGGGUUCCAAACUUAUACGGAGUGUGACAAUACCGCCGCAACCCAGUCUUGUCACCUCUGCUUUUGGUUAUGUCUCCCUGUUCCCCAUGCUCCUCAAGGUUUUGCAGCCUGAAAGCGAGAAUUUGGGAAAAAUAUUUGAAAUGCUGGACAAGCCUGAUUUAUUGUGGUCACCUUAUGGACUGAGAUCGCUAUCGAAAGCGGCACCAAUGUACAUGAAGCGUAACACUGAGCACGAUCCGCCGUACUGGCGCGGUCAGGUGUGGAUCAACAUUAACUACCUAGCGCUGUCCGCACUGAAGCACUACUCCAGUGUGAAGGGGCCCUAUGCGGAGCGAGCGCUAGAACUUUACACUACGCUGAAGGCUAACGUAGUGGGUAACAUCCUAUCGGAGUACAAGAGAACUGGUUACCUCCACGAGCAGUAUUCAGGGGAAGAUGGCCACGGGAGCGGUUGCAAACCCUUCACUGGCUGGACAGCCCUCGUAGUUCUUAUAAUGGCGGAUGAGUACUAAACGCACAACGCGUCACGAAAGUUGGAAAAGAUGACACCUAGCAGGUUAAAGCGGGAUCAGAGCAUCUCAUAUAAAAAUUCGAGUAAACAUGUUUAGGAGUUACGUAAAUAAGUCUUUCUGAGGAUUUGACAUUAGGUUAUCUAUUUCACGGACUGAUUUACGGAAAUGCGAAAAUAACCUUAUUAAAUUUGACAUGGCGCAUUUCAACUUUCGUGACGCGGGAUACAUACAAAUUAUAGCGCAAUACGAUGGUGUUACUGUCAUGGCACGGUUCGUUGCCGUUGGAUAAGGUACCAGGGUAGAAUAAAAGUAAAGAGAUCUUUCUUGUAGAUCCCAACGGAAAGUAUUUCGAAGAAGAUGGCCGCAAGUGAAUGAUUUCCAGUGCGCUUACUACCAUCGCUUAAAGGAUUAUUAUUAUAAAAUGGUGGUUUUACAAUCUAUACCUUCCGCAAAAUAAAGAUUAUAAUUCACGAGCACUAACAAUAUUUAAUUUAUACUACUUUAAGCGAUAGUAGUACACGUUAAUAAGUCAAAUUCGUGGUGUGUUAUCAAUCAUGACGUUUAGUCUUAUAUAAUAAUGAAAGCGUGAACGUCGAUAAAACAUUUAUUAACUUGAUAAAAUUGUGCAAAAUUCUUGGCGCGGUAUGUAUUAUAUAUAACAGCGUAAUAUGGUAACUAUCAUGGCACGGUUUGUUGCCGUUGUUAACUUCUUGUGAGUAAAGUACCAGGGUUUCAUAAACCACAAGGAGAUCUCACCAAAGACCUAAGCGAAAGUUUUAAAUAAUAUUUGACAGUUCAAUAAAAAAAUUACAGAUUAAUAUAACAUCGGUAAAUCUCUACAAAGAAUAAAUAUCUAUUCAGUCGAAGCCUCGAAAGCUAAAAUUGAAGUCGUUACUACAUUUUUCAACUUUCGUGACAUGUAUUAUACCAACAGGUGCCUAGUUGUUUUACUGCCUUGUAUAAAAUUAAGUUAUAAGUAUAGGUCCUUUAUACCCGUUCAUGGUAUAAUAUUAUAGGAAUUACAGGCUUGUUAUAGUAGAGACGUUUCGAGUAUUGAAACACUAUGGCAAAGUAAAGUGGAACGUAUGUCUCUCAGGUUAAAGCUCAAAUUUGUCUACACUUCUUUAGGUAUCUCUCUCAGCAGAGUUGCAAGGAUAAGAUACUCUAAAACGAGUGAAAUAGGGUCCACUUUAUUGUAUAUCGAUAGCGUUUCGAUACUCAAAUCAACUAUACAAUUGCGAGGGUGCAAGCCUUGUACUUGGGGUACACUAGUCUAAUGAAACUUCAUUUAAACGUUACUGUCUUUUUAUAUCGAGUAUUAAACUUCAAAAUCUUCAACAUCAUGCAAUUUGACAGAUCUGCGUAACUAUAAAGUUAAGUUGGUUUACCUAAUAAGCUACGAGUAUACUACUGGUCCCUUAUCGUAAAGUACCAGGUUACUAUAAAAUAUAAAGAGAUAACAGGUCAAGUAAUAAUACAACCGGAGAUAGGAAAGCUCUGAGGUCGUUAUUAUAACCGGUCAUUUGCGAGUAGGUCUCGCUCACAAAGGGGUAACGAACGAUUGUCUAUAAAAACUGUAACAUAAUGUCUUUUGGAGACUCCUUUAAUAUUGUCUUAUAUCCUAGUUAUAGCGGCAAAAAAAUCAUGUAUCACGGUUCAUGAGAUACAGCCGGGUGACAGGUAAUUAGCCAUUUUUCAGGGCGAAGCGGAUAAUUGGAGAACGUCACGUUUUAGAAUUCUAACCGAGUAAAAAAAUUUAAUCGAUUUUCUUAUAUUUUAAUUUUUUUUUCCUGUUUUCCGUAGAGAAAAUGCAAAGGUAUAUCACUGUACAGCCAAUUGACUGAUUUCCUAUACAACAACUGUUAAACGUCAAUUUUGUCAAAGACAAUAAACUACCGAUUAAAAAAUCGAUACACUAAUAAAUAUUUGGCCAUUUUUUGAACAUGGGAUACAACAGUGUGUAGUAGUUGAGCUCAGCGCUCGCUUAGAGAAGUAUUACCGCCACGCUUAUUUCUGCCGUAAAGCAGCGUUGUUUUAAAGCUGUGUUACGGUCUAAAAGGCACCGUUGCCGGCGUUAUUACUCAGUGAGGUCGAUAAACUCAGGGUGACACGUUGCAGGAUGUGUUUCUUGCAUGCCCUGCGAAGUGCUGUUCUGUUUAAAAUCGCCUAUGCCAUGUAUGAAAUCUCCUUACAUUUUAUUAAAACCUGGUACUUCUCUCAGAGAGUCAUGCUUUGUUUAUUCUACUAGGUUUUUAAUAAUGUGUAUAAAUUCCGAAAUGGAAGUGUCAAUUAUUGUGUAUAUACUGUACUUACGCGAAAUGAUGAGUAACAGAAUAAUAUAUAAGUCUUGUCGCGUGUAGGUAUACCACUUGAGAUAUUGAGAGAUGUGCAAAAACUAUAGACAUUAUGAAAGCACUACCAAUUAUUGUAUUCUUAUCGAUUACCUAAUAUCGACAUCACCACAACUUAAUCGAUGUUUGCAAAAGUUUGCUGAUGAGCAAUCGGCAUUCAUUUGAUGAAUUUAAAUUUGGAAUGCGUUGUUGUAAUUUGUGAGACAUUGUUUCAGGUUCUGUGACUUUAUCAUACAAAUGCUAUAUGGAAAGGACAUGAUAUUAUAAAAUAUUUAUAUUCUUUACAUAUAUUUUUUUUUUUCCUAUUUGUUGUAAUGCAAUUUUCAGUGAUCAACAAUAUUAUUUAAUUUUUAACAGACUUCCAAAAGUGUAGAUAAGCUAGAAAAUUCAUAUGGAUGCUUUCCAAUUUUAUUUAAAGAGAAACGAGUUCAAACCAGAAGCUGCUGUCCUACUUUUAAGUUGAAAGCCACAUGUAAUAUCUCCAAACUUAACUAAAUUGACUAGUCUUAGACUAGCGCCAUCCCUUUUAUUGCGUUAUAUUUGGCAAAAGAUAGCAAUAUUUUGACACUUGUAAUUUUAGUUUAGCUAUAUUAGAUGGAUUGACUGUACGAUAAAGAAGAAGAAGAAGAAGAAGAAAAAAAUCAUUGUGUAUAGAUAUUAAGGUUGUUUGAUUUUAAAUAUAUUCUAUUGAGACAUUGUGAUUCCAAUUUAUUUAAUUAAGUUAACUUCGAUCAAUAAUAUAAAAGAUUGCAGUCAGUUGACAAAAGGUUGUGAAAAAUAAGUUCUCAAUUACGAAUUGGGAGCUUAUUCUAGUUACUUUUCGAGUGAAAAACCGAUAAUAUAACAAUCGAUUGGGCUGUUCUUUUCACGCUGUAUCUCUUGGAAAUAAAAAGCACUAAUUUUAGAAACUUCAAUUCAGUUUAAAGAUUUGUGUGUGUACUACAGAAUUGGCACUGUUAUGAGUUAAAAAAAGAAUAAUUUUGAGAAACUCCACAAAUAAACCAAAGGUAGAGAAAAAUAAAACCUGUAUCUCUUCUGUAAGAUAUCCAUGUUCCAUGAAAAGUUUAUUGAUCGAAGAGUUAAAAUUUGAAUUGUAAUAGAUUAAAAUAUAUUCUUUUAUUUA